AUGUUUAAACUAACGAAACUCAAGUCCCUAUUUAAUAAAUUAAUUGGUCAUAAAAAUUGUUCUUAUUGCAAUAAACCAUGUACCGAAGAAUUAUGGUGUAAAGAAUGCGAUCCAUUUAUGAAUAUUGACAGUGGAAAUAAUGAAAUUGAUAAAUUUAUCAAAGAUACAAUUUAUGGUGCGAGAAAUAAGAAUCGUAACUUUCUUGAAUGGGUACCAUUUGAUAAAUUUAAAGAUAUAAACCAAAUUGGUGAAGGUGGAUUUUCCAAAGUAUAUUCUGCAACGUGGAUUGAUGGUCCAAAAAUUAUACGUAAGAAAUUUGGAAUUUGGAAAAAACGUAAUUCUGGACCUAUCAAAGUUGCAUUGAAAAAGUUAAAUGGAUCAGAGAAUAUGUCAGCUGAAUAUUUAAAUGAGAUUAAAAUACUUUGGGAUUUAUGUCAAAUAUACAAUGGAUGUCUAAGUUUUUAUGGAAUGACUAAAGAUCCAGAAACUGAAGAACUUAUAAUAAUUUCAGAAUAUGCAGAUAAAGGAAAUUUGAGAAGCGUUCUUUUACACAAUUUCAAUAACACUUUGUGGAAAGAUAAAUUACUUUAUUUACUAUGGAUAACACAUGGUCUUAAAAGUUUACAUGGAUUAGGAUAUUUUCAUAAAGAUUUUCAUAGUGGAAAUAUAUUACAAAAUACUGAUCCUAAUUAUAGUAAUAUCACUAAAUCUUAUAUUUCAGAUUUUGGAUUAUCUGGACCAUCAAAUAAACAAAAAUCGGAUGAUAAAAUAUGUGGAGUAUUACCAUAUAUUGCCCCAGAAGUUUUGAAUGGAGAACUAUAUUCAUUAUCUUCUGAUAUUUAUAGUUUUGGUAUAAUUAUGGCAGAAUUAUCAUCUGGAAAACCACCAUUUCAUAAAAGAAAACAUGAUACUACCUUAGCAUUAGAAAUAUGUAAUGGACUCAGACCAGAAUUUGGAAAAGGAACUCCUGAAAUUUAUAAGAAACUAGCUUAUAAAUGUAUGAAUGCUAAUUCAAAUCAAAGACCAACGGCUAGUGAAUUGAAUGACAUAAUUAGAUUUUGGUUUAAUUCUCUUCACUAUGAAGGCAAUGAAGAAGAAAAUUUUGGGUAUGAAGGUAAAGAGAUUAAAGCUAUGUUUGAAGAAGCUGAUAAAGAAAUACCAAAUAUUUCAAUUUUAUAUGAGAAAAAUCCUGAUGCUAUAUAUACUAGUAGAUUAUUUACAUUCAGUAAUUUAACAAAACCUGUCAAUUCUUCUAUUAUUACUGAUUAUCUUAAUGAUAAAGAAAUCAAUAAAGAUUGUAAAGAUUCUCAAUUAUUUGACUUGGAGAUUCCUAGUUCAUUACAAUUAAAAGAUGAUAUUAAUAAUAAAGAAGGUUGA